UCUUGAGCUUUGCAAUGGGUAUAGUAGAUCAAUCGCGGCUUCUCCAGGAGGGGCUCCUCCAGCGGCAUGUGAUGGCGCUCAUUGUCUCGUAUCUCCGGGACAACAAUCUCAACCAGGCAGCCACUGCGGUCGCAAAUGCGACCAUGAUCCCUCUUAACAUCGAGCUUCCUCCAAACAAAUUACUGGAGCUUGUCCAGAAGGGACUUGCCGUCGAGAGUAGCGCUCCAGCGAGGGGAUCAGCUUCCAUCGACGCUGGGACGAGUUCUAUCGGAUAUGGCCCUCUUCCAGUCCUACCAUCGAGACUCACCGAUUUCAACUCGUUACAAACAGGCAAACGCGCGUCCAAGUUCUUCCCAAAGCUUGUCUCCCAGCAAAUAUCGGAGCAUAAGAAUGCCGCACGGUGUGCUCGAUUCAGCCCGGAUGGCCGGCUCGUCGCAACAGGAGGAGCCGACGCAUCGAUCAAGCUGUUUGAAGUUGAAAAGAUACAGCAAAUGAUGCUCCCAGAUGUAGGAUCGAUCAGGCCGGCCAUCAGGACGUUUUUCGAUCAUAUACAUCCUAUCAACGAUCUGGACUUCCAUCCUCAAGCUCAUAUUCUUGUUUCUGGUGCUAAGGACCGCACUAUCAAGUUUUUUGAUUUCGCAAAAACUUCUGCUCGCCGAGCCGUCAAAGCGAUUCAAGACACACACAACGUGCGAUCAGUUUGCUUUCAUCCAUGCGGGGAUUUUUUGCUUGCUGGAACGGACCAUCCAAUACCUCAUCUCUAUGACUCAAACACGCUUCAGUGCUAUGUAUCAGCCUCCCUUCAAGAGAAGCAUGUUGGUAGUGCUAUCAACCAGGUAAGAUUCUCGGAGAACGGAGGUCUUUAUGUUACAGCAAGCAAAGAUGGCGGUGUUCGCUUCUGGGAUGGAAAAACUGCUCGGUGUGUCAGGGCGAUUCAAGGUGCUCAUGUUUCAGCUGAAGCCACAAGUGCCGUUUUUACAAGAGAUCAAAGAUACGUGCUUUCGUGCGGCAAAGACCUUGCAGUAGUACUGUGGGAUGUAGGCAGCGGUAGGCAAGUCAAGCGUUACAUUGGCAGCCAACACUCUCAGACGAGAUGCCAGGCGGUCUUCACUCACAACGAAGAAUUCGUUUUGUCCAGCGACGAACCGAAAGGCGAGGUUGUCGUGUGGGAUGCUCUUACUGGUGACCUCAUGAGUCGUCUCAAUUCGAAUCACGCCGGUGCCCUUCGCUGUAUCGAGCAUUCUCCAAGUGAAGCUUGCUUUGUAACAUGCGGAAGUGAUCGUACCGUGAGAUUCUGGCAAACAGCGAGGUGAAGAUCUUCUCGUGCAAAAUCUCUCGACAACACCGACAAACAUUCCGAACAACGGUGCUACUUCAACUUUUGCCUGCAUGGAGUUUUCUACAUUCCGAAUCAUCUCCGAGAAGCAUUCGAUUUCCACCGCAAGUAGAUCUUCACGACCAAUGUCGAUCUUGCCAUCAACCAGCUGCGAAGCUUGAUACUCCGACAAUCUCACUCAAGCGCAGUGGAGACUGGAAUGCUUCUCGCCACAGUCCUUUUCCCUUUCGGUGCUUCUCAGCGACACUCGGCUCCAAUGCUUCCAAGUUAGUAACGUUUUGAGAAGGAAAGACUCCUAUAAAUUCUCGUUAAAGGCAACGAUUUAAAUACUCCACGAAUUUUCUUUA